AUGCGCAAAAACGAAAGAGACGCUCUUUCCCUGUACGUCUCCUUUGCUUUCAGUCUUUUAUCAUAUGGGAAGGGAUUCCUGUGCAAAUUUCUGGUGUCUUUUAUCCAUUUCUCUCUAUUUUUUUUUUUUAAUUUCUGUUCCUUAUUAUUAUUAUUAUUUUUUUUUUUUCCAUUGAGGCCUUAUGAUGACAGAAUGAACAUUAUUGUGUCUUGCAGGGCGUCUGAGGUUGACUCGAUUACCUCAUUUUUUCGAAAAGAGCGAAUUCCCACGCCCACGGCUGUGUGUACCGCUGAAUCUACCGCUGACUUUGUCACUCGACAUGUUCGUGCGGUCGUAGAUGGCUGUGGAUCCAAUAAUAACGAUGAGGAUGGUGAGGGGACGAAGGCAUCGGUUGUGGACGUCGUGGCAAUCGGAGUAGAUGACGUGAUGUUGGAUAAAUUUUUUUUGAACAGCCUGUCUCGUCACGUUGUGUGUGCGUUUCUCUCCGGAGGGGCUGCCGUUGCGGUAUCGUUGGUGGUCUUUCCGACCCCCCAUGACGCACGGCAGAGGAGCGUUGACAUCACAGCGAAAUUAUUCACUGAGGCAGUGGGCGAUGGUGGCGUGUACAUUCACAGCGUCUCGGAGUACGACAGAAUCAUAGAAUUGUUGACAAACAGCCCGUCCUUUUGUCACAUUUUCCCGGUUUCCUCCUUGCUGCUGCGGCUGUGCCCUCAAGGAGAACAAGCAGCUUGUGUGGUGAAUAUGUGGUGGCUGCAGACGUCGCAUGUUCAGUUAUUUUUUCCCGCUGACGGACUGCUUGACGCGCGGCGAUUGCCCCAUCGUGUUGUCGUUUUCCCCGUGCGUGACACGAAUGAGUUGCAGUUGCGAUUGGCUUCCAUUGGAUUCAUCCGUGCAGCGAAAGGUUCCCCUGACGCGCAGCUUCAAGGGCCCGUUGUGGAGGAGAAGGAGAGGGAAAUGCUGAAGGCAGAUUUGCAGGCAGUGCGUGACGAAUUCGAGUCAACUCGUACGACCAUUCAGCAGCAGAAAUCCAGGAACGAGGCGUUGGAAGGCACGAUACUUCGUUUACGUGAAAAGGUGCGUGGCUUGGCCAGGGAGCAAAGGCGUUUAGAGAGCGAGUGUAGCGCGGCGCGGCACUCGAGGGAACAGUUGGAAGAGGACAUGCGCCAGCAGGUGGACAUGCGUAAUGAGAUGGAAGGUCGACGAGUUGCGCAUCUUCGCCGACAGUUGGAGUGGGAGCUGAGGAUGGAAAGAGGACGCGUAGAAAGCUACUGUGCCCACCUUGCGAGAAUUCGGGAGGAAGAAAAUAAACGCACAGUAAUGCACAGGGAAGCUCUAGACAGGGAAAUAGGCGCUGCUCGAGAGCAGAAAGAGAGGCUUUUGGGCAUCAUUUCCCGGAAAAGGAGGGAUACAUCUCUUCGUUCCGUGUUUGGGACGUCUCGAUCGACUUCGACAAGGGAAACGAGUUUGAUGAGGGCGCACACAAGCGAUGUGGAGGUGUCGAGCCGCCCAUACGAGGACUCAGAACUGUGCCGUGUGAACGAGCAAUGCCAGCGUCUCAGCCGCCUGUGUGCUGCCCUCCGUGUGGAAAGGGACGAGCUUGCGACUUUCGAGCAAUCAUGGGCGCUAGGAGUGGAAGAGGACGAGGUAAGAGACAGCGGUGACGAUGAUGGGUUUGAGAGGGGUAUCCGUCUGAAGAGCGAAGAUGUGAGGCAAAUGGCGCGGGAGACUCUGGAAAGAGAAGAACACGUCACGCGAGAGGCUUUUUGCGCCAUCGAGGAGGCAAGGAGGGCGGAGUUUGACUGGGAUUGGGUGGUUUGUACGCAGUGCCUGAGCUGUGCGUCUUUAUUUGUUUCAGGCGAGGGGAGUCGGCCUCCCUACGGUGCGAGGGAGCAGCAACGACGCGAAUUGACUCUUUGCGAACUCGAACGCGUAGGCCGAUUGAAGGCGGCGGUGCAACGGGAAAUGCAAAGGAUCCACCUGGAAGGUGCCAUCCGCGAGCGGUCCGUGCGCCAACUCGUGGACCAGCUGCGAGUGGAGUCUGAGCGACUGGCCCAGGAACGCAACGCGUGUGCGGAAGUUAUGGCGAGCGAGAAAAAGGCGGCCGAGGCGGAGGCAGAGGCGUUGCGGCACACACUUCAGCUUCUUCAUUCAUGCAUGAAUAUACGUCUCCCUCUUUCCGGCCCCUUUUUCUCCACUGGGCCCGGUGGGAACUGGCACACACUCUCUCAUGCAAUAACGGCUCUGGGACGGCGUGUGCAGCGUGAGGCUGACCUUUUGUAA